CCACCAGCCAGCCGUCCCAAAAGUAAACGCUUUUUUUUGUUUCUGAUAAUUUAGACUCAACUUUUAAUAUUGCUCCAUGUCAACAUCACCCACUCUAUCUUCCUCUCAACCCUCUCUUUCCUUCCUCCUCUUUGGUGGGUAGAAGACUAAAGUCUGCACGAACUUGGAUGAGAAAACUGGACGAAGAACCCACAUGAUUGAUUGGAAUAUCUUUGGUACCUUCAUCUGUCUUCAUCUUCUGUUGUUUUCCCAAUAAUCAUAAGAACACAAUAAACCCAUCUUGAAUCAAAUCCUACACAGUCAUCAACUCAUUUCAGCCAUGCUCUUGUCUCCAUUCCAUUCUUCUUCCUCGUCCUACUGGUGUUUCUUGGAUGUGCUGUUAACUGUAGUACUGGUGACUCUUUCUUGUUCUGUAUAUACCUGCCAUGGCUCAUGUAAUGAACAAGAUCGAAACUCUUUAUCAUCAUUCAAUCUGAGUAUUAGUACUCCAUCUCCUUUGAAUUGGUCUCUUUCUUUUGAUUGCUGCAGCUGGGAAGGAGUCGGAUGUGAUGAGAGUGGCAGAGUGAACAGUCUAUUGCUACCGUCGAAAGGGCUAAUUGGAACCAUGUCUCCUUUUAUUGUAAACCUCACCAGUCUCAAUCAACUCAACUUGUCACGGAAUCGGCUCUCUGGUCCUAUCUCGGAUGGAUUUUUUUCGGCCUUGAACCGCCUGGUAUUCAUUGAUAUAAGCCAUAAUCGUCUCACCGGACAGCUAUCAGAUUCUGAUAAGCUGGUGAGUACUGUCAUGACAGUGGAUUUAUCCAGCAACCGCUUUUAUGGGAGAAUCCAAUCUACGUUUCUCCAGCCAGCAUUGAAUUUGCAAAUAUUUGAUGUCAGCAAUAACAGCUUCUCUGGUUCAAUCCCUUCAUCUGUCUGCAGAUUUUCGCCUUCAAUUGUGCAUCUUGAUUUCUCCAACAAUGACUUUGUAGGCCCAAUUUCACACGGUUUUGGCCAGUGUCACAAUUUAUUGAGACUACGAGCAGGUUUCAAUAACUUUUCGGGUUCCAUUCCCAGUGAUAUUUACAUGAUUUCAUCACUGCAAGAACUGUACUUGCCUGCCAAUAAGCUCUCUGGAGUGAUAGAUGGAAGCAUUGUUAACCUCAUUAACCUUAGAAACCUUUCUCUCUAUGGUAAUGAAUUGACAGGAACGAUUCCUCAAGAUAUCGGGAGGCUCUCCAACUUGGAACAGUUGUGGCUUCACAUAAAUAAACUAAAUGGAACUCUGCCCCAAUCUCUUACGAAUUGUACGAGACUUACAACGCUGAAUUUAAGGGUCAACCUCCUUGAAGGUGAACUUUCUGCUUUUAAUUUCUCCAAAUUCGUUCAGCUUAGAUCCAUUGACCUCGGUAAUAAUUUCUUCAGAGGUAGAUUGCCAUCGAGCCUAUUUUUAUGCAAGAAUUUGACUGCAAUUCGCUUGGCUACCAAUAGUUUAAAUGGAGAGGUUUUGCCCAACAUAAUGGCAUUACAAUCUCUAUCCUUCUUAUCCCUUUCUAAUAAUAGCCUAAACAAUAUCACCAGUGCUAUGCGCAUCCUAACAGGGUGCAAGAACCUCAGCACUUUAAUCCUCUCAAAAAACUUUUACAAUGAACCACUGCCUGGAGAUGAAAACUUGAUAAGAGCUGGUGAGUUCCAAAAUCUUCAAGUCCUGGGUUUAGGUGGCUGUGGAUUCACGGGUCUAAUUCCAAUUUGGUUGUCUAGACUAGAUAAGCUGGAGGUUCUAGACUUAUCGCUUAACAACAUCACAGGCUCCGUCCCAGGAUGGUUUGGAGAUCUUCCAAACCUUUUCUACUUGGAUUUGUCCCAAAACCUACUAUCAGGAAACUUCACCAUGGAACUUAUAAAACUGAGAAGACUAGCAACACAACAGACUUCGGAUCAAGUAGACCAAAGUUAUUUAGAAUUGCCUGUCUUUGUUCAGCCCAAUAAUGCCUCCAAUCUGCAAUACAACCAGCUCUCCAACUUGCCACCAGCAAUAUACCUCUGGAGUAACAGUAUCAGUGGUACCAUCCCAAUUGAGAUUGGUCAAUUGAAGUUUAUCGUUGCCCUGGAUCUCAGCGAUAACAAUUUCUCUGGCAGCAUUCCGGAAACAAUAUCUAAUCUCACUAACUUGGAGAAACUGGACCUCUCUAGCAACAAUCUUUCUGGUCAAAUUCCUGCAUCGCUCAAAAAUCUUCACUUUCUGUCCUUUUUCAAUGUUGCAGACAACAAUCUCGAAGGUCCUAUACCUGUAGGAGGUCAGUUUGACACAUUUUCUAAUUCAAGCUUUGAAGGAAAUCCACUUUUGUGUGGUAAAAUUUUGCAGCGCUCUUGCAGUAGUCAAUCAGAAACUACCCAUCAGUUAGCGCAAAGGAAAGGAACAAAGAGAAAAAUCAUUGUACUCAUUCUUGUGAUUUGUUCUGGCAUUUUUACUUUUACUCUGCUGAUAUAUUGGGUGGUUUCCAAGAGGAGGAUCCUACCAAAAAGUGCCGAGAAGACUGAUAUGGAUAUGGUAUCCUUCAACUCUUCUGGAGUAUUUAAUGAAGUUGCAAAUGAUACCAGCCUUGUCAUAUUGUUUCCUAACGAUACAAAUAAACCAAUGGACCUAACAAUCGCUGAAAUCUUGAAAGCUACAGAUAAUUUCAACCAGUCAAACAUAAUUGGGUGUGGGGGCUUUGGUUUGGUAUAUAAAGCAACUUUAGCAGAUGGUACCAAGCUGGCAGUUAAGAAACUCUCGGGAGAUAUGGGUCUGAUGGAAAGGGAAUUCAAAGCCGAGGUUGAAGCUUUGUCAACUGCCCAACAUAAGAAUCUGGUUACGCUGCAGGGUUACUGUGUUCAUGAAGGCUAUAGAUUGCUAAUAUAUUCCUACAUGGAGAAUGGGAGCCUGGACUACUGGUUGCAUGAAAAACCUGAUGGAGCAUCCCAACUCAAUUGGCCAACUCGACUGAAGAUUGCUCAAGGGACAAGUUAUGGGGUGGCUUAUAUGCACCAGAUUUGCGAACCACAUAUUGUUCAUCGUGACCUAAAGUCCAGUAACAUUCUUCUGGAUGAUAACUUUGAAGCACAUGUGGCAGAUUUUGGGUUAGCAAGGCUGAUUCUUCCUUAUCAUACUCAUGUAACCACCGAACUAGUUGGUACACUUGGUUACAUUCCACCAGAAUACAGUCAAUCAUGGAUAGCCACAUUGAGAGGGGAUGUCUACAGUUUUGGUGUUGUUAUGCUCGAACUAUUAACUGGAAAGAGGCCCAUGGAACUAUUCAAGGCAAAGAUGGCAAGAGAAUUGGUUGCAUGGGUACAGCAAAUGAGGAACGAAGGAAAACAAGAAGAGAUCUUUGAUCCACUCCUGAGAGGCAAAGGCUUUGAAGAAGAGAUGCUGCAAGUCCUUGAUGUGGCUUGCAUGUGUGUCAACCAGAACCCUGUCAAGAGGCCAACUAUACAAGAAGUUGUUGAUUGGCUCAAAGAAGUAGGGUGUAACCAUGAGGCCGCAGCAUAAGGGAAACACACUACAUAAAGGAUUGUACAUAUAAACAUCGGUGCCAAAUUACUUCUACAAUCAGUUUGCUGUUCAGGCAAUUCUUUUCCCUUUUUUUUAGAGGUUUAUGUAAUGAGUAUGCGAACUUGUACAAAGAUAAAUUUUGCUGCCAAAGAAAAUCAAGUAUGCAUGUGUACAUACAUAAAUACACAACAAACACACGCAUAUCUAUUGAAAAUAAGUUUGAUGUGCAGUCAUUGCAGUUUUAUACAGCAGUAAUUUCAAGGUUCAUACGAGUAACACUCAUUUUAUCAAUAUACAACAGGAAUCAAACUUCCAGUGUACAGCAUUUA